AUGGCAACACCAAAGCAAUUGGUCUUUAUAGACGAUGUUGCGAAGAACCAUGUCAAAUACUACGACCCCAUAUUUACCUCGUAUUUGAAACUUCGACAAGAUUUACUCAAGUUGUAUACAUCAAUAGCGAAACAAAUUGAAGAUGCAGAGGAAGAGUCAGCAACGUCGCAAGGAUCGCAUAUGACACGAUUCAAACUACAUCAGCUAGAAGUUGAGUUGAGUAAAGUAGAAACAACUUACAAGGUGCACAUCGACGAACUUCUCAAUCUCCUUCGCAUUGAGAAAACGAUAAAGCCAGACAUAUUAACUGGGAUCGAAGAACAGUUGAAGCAGAUUACUACCCAGAAUGAAGAGCUCAAGGAGAAGAUUACACGGAUUAAAACUGUUGAAAAGCCGCUUUUGGAUAGGAUUACUAAAUUAGUUGUCAGUUUCAACAACAACAUUGACAAAUCCACAGCCAAGUUGAUAAACUCUACAGUCAUCAAGUCCCUAAAUGGGGAAAGAAGCGAAGAGCAAAAAGAAGCACAUUCAUUACAGGUAGACUACCGGUCCUUGGUGUUUGAAAAAGACGGAUUGAGAUCACAGAUUAGACAGAUUUUGAAUGAUGCCGCUGGUGAGCAUGGCCAUAUUGACGAGUUUUUAAGAAAUACGAGGAUAUUUGACGAAUUAGAAGAGUCAAGGGUUCUUUAUAAACUAUCUAGAUCUACACUACAUGACAUAUCAAAAAGCAAAACUUUGGACGAAUACGAUGAGAUGAUUGCCAAAACAGUGGAGCAAAUUCAAACAUUGAAAAAUGAAGGUGAGUCUACUAAACAAAAUUGGAGCAAGAAUGCAGAAAAGAUGUUGAAGAUCAAAGCAAUUGUGAAUGAAGAAAAUGACAACGACGUUGAAAUGACUGAUGAUUAG